AUGGAAUCCUGGACUGCUACUAACGGGGAUGAGCAGCGCGCGGCGGGUUCCAGCGACUGGGUCUCGCCAGCGAAGCCCAAGGAGCAAGACCGCCGCUCCAGCGGACUCGGAACAGGUUCGUCAGAAACAUGCCAAGUUUUUCUCCCCAUUCUACGCCUUCCCCUCUAUCCGAUCGUGCUCUGGGCAGGCGUGACGGACCUAGCAGCGGGCUUCAUCGUGUGUGUGGGAGUGGCAGCCAUGGCCUUCAUGGGGUUCAAGCGCCAGGCAGCUCGCCUCGCGCCAUCCGUGCAGCAUCAGCCUCCUGCCACUACGGUCGUCGUCAGUACUGCAGUCACUGCAGCUGUCGCUACUCCAGUCACUACCCCCGCUGCCAAACCUGCCACCGUGUCAGAUGCCAAGCCAGCAGAAGCAGCCAAGAUAUCGCAAGCCCCUGCUGACGUGGCGCAGUCAUCAUCCACUGAAUUGACCGCUGACGUGGACAGUGGUGUUGCUACAGGUGCACACACCCUGGCUGCACCUGCACCAGAAACCACCUCUGUUGCUGGCAAGGACGCUCCUUCUGCUUCUCAUCUGCCGUCUGCUGAUUCUGUUUCUCCUGAGGCAGUGUCAAAUCCUGCAUCUAUGCUUGCUGCUGACAAGCCAGCCCUUGACCCAGAGGGUAAAACCCCUGCGGCCUCUGAAGCUGUCUCUUCCCUUACUUCACCGGAUUCCGCCCAUUCUUCUGCUGUGCACGCUGCUGCGGCAGAUAAGGCUGCUAUGGCGGCUGAGUCUGCAGAGGCAGAGUCUGCCAAGCCAGCACUGACAGCGACUUCUGGUGAAGGGAAGGGGGGGGAGAGGGAGAAGGAGGGGACAACGAGGCAAGAAGGAGGAGGCAGCGGUGGAGGAGCAGUGAGUGCGGUGAUGGGCGGUGUGAAGGAGUGGUGGGAGAGGGUUGCAGCGAGCGCGUUCGUGCCUGCGCCUGUGAGCGCCGUGUCGUCUAAGCUAGCUGGUGUGGCAAAGAGUGUGGGCGGAACCGGUGGGGCUCAGAACCAGCAGCAGCAGUGGAAACUGCAGCAGCAGCAGCAGGAGGAAGACGUGCAGGGGCAGCAGCAGGGGAGAGCGGCGGGGCAGAGGGUGGUGGUGAGAGCAGCGGCGGACGCAGGGCAGCAGCAGGCCGUGCAGGACCUGCAGUUGCUGGGGGUGAUUGAAGGCCACGUGGACGCAUCUAGCAUCUGCAGUCGAAGGGAGUUUGCACGAUGGCUCGUCCAUGCCUCCAACGCUCUUGCCAGUGACCCAGCGCACAGGGUGCAGCCAGCCAUGUACAUAGACGGCCUGUCCACGCCUGCCUUCGAUGAUGUGGGGCCUCUAGACCCGGACUACGCCGCCAUACAAGGUCUAGCUGAGGCGGGCCUUAUUUCCAGCAAGCUAUCCUUCACGGACCUUGGCUGCCCCCGCGCUGCCACCACUACAUCUGCUGCUCAAUCUUCCGAAUCCUCUCAGUCGUCUGCUGCCGGCGCUGCCGGUGCUGCUGGCACUGCUGCGUUCCGCGCUCGUCCGGGGUGCAACAGUGGCAGCGGCGCUCUCUUCCACCCAGACAGCGCGUUGACGAGGCAGGACCUGGUGUCAUGGAAGGCAGCUCUGGACUCGGUUGUGCAGCCGCACGACGUCUCCAUGCUCGCUCACCUCUCUUCUCAGGCUGCCAUCGCGCUGGCUGCUGCAGGCGAGGGGCGGGAGCUAGUGCGAGAGGCGGUGGGGAGAGCGAGAGCAGAGAGAGCUGCUGCUGCUGCAUUGGAAGCAGCGCAGGAGGAGGCGGAGAGGAGGCAGAGGGAGGCAGUGCGUGAGAUGGUGGAGAGGGAUGAGAUGGUGGGGGAGGAGAGGCGGGUGAGGGAGGCGGUGGAGGAGGCAGGGGAGGUGCUGCGGGUUUCUGCAGAGAGGAUUGUGGGGGAGUUUGAGCAGGAGAAGGCGUCCAUCCUUGAGUUAAAGGCCUCACUGCAGGAGCAGCAGCAGCAGGCGGAGAGGGAGAGGCAGCAGCAGCAGCAGGCAGCAGCAUCGGUGCAAGAGCGGGUCGAGCAGGAGAUGCAGGCAGUGCGGCAGCAUUGGGAUGAGGUGCAGGGAAUGCUGAGACAGGCAGAGGAGGCAGCGGAGCGAGCGAGGGAGAGGGAGAGGGAGGUGCAAGGGGAGAAGGAAGCUCUAAUGAAGGCGAGGGUUGAGGCGGAGGCAGAGCUGGUGGUGGUGAGGGCAGCAAGUGAGCGAGUGCAGCAGGCAUGGCGGGAGGUGGCGGAGAGGGAGAGGGAGGUGCAGAGGAGGGAGGAGCAGGAGAGGGAGAAGCAGCAUAUGCUGCAGAUGAAGAUGCGAGACGAGGAGCAGCAGAAGCAGCAGCAGCAGCAGCAGCAGCAGCAGCAGCAGCAGCAGCAGCAGCAGCAGCAGGAGGAGAGGAGGGAAGGCCAGAAAGCGAGGACAGAAGAAGCAGGGGCAGCAGGAUUUACGAGCGGCGCAGCUGAUGCUGAUUCAAACAGCAGCCCUGCUGAUCCUUCCAGCGGCUUCUCUUCAUUCAUCAACGGCCUCAUCUCCCUCUCGCCCUUCUCCCGCGCCCACCCUCCGCUCGACCCCAUACCUGCCUCCGUGGCCGCGCCCGUUGCCGUGGACCCAAGCGAGUGGGGCGUGAAGGUUGCAGCUGAAGCAGCACACCGCAGCACAGCCGCUGCUGCUGCUGCUGGCUCGGCCACUGCUACUGCCAAUGCAACAACUGCCGAGGGUACUCGUGAGAGGCGUGGAGAUGGCAGGGCUUUUGAGCGCUCGGAUGAGCAGGAGGAUACUGCGGGGACGGCAGCAUGGGGAGGGUUGAAGGAGAGAGGUGUGGAUCCAGAGGCUUGGAAGGCUCGUGCUUCGGAGCUGGUUCAGCCUGUGGGGGAGAGAAUGCGCGAGGCUGUGAGGGCUGCUGAGAAGGGUUGGGAGACGAUGGGGGAGAGGGUGGAAGGGUUGAAAAAGGAGGUGGGUGUGGCUCGUAUGCAGGUGGAGGUUGGUAGGGCUGCGGGCGAGGCAGUGGCGAGAGGGAGGGGAAUGGUGGAGGAGGGGAGGAGAGCGGUUGAGGAAGGGGCGAAAGCGGUGGGAGGUGCAGGGGUAGUGGUGAGGGAGAGGGUUGGGGAAAUGGUGGAAAAGGGUGGGGAUAAAUUGAGUGAGGUGGUGCAGAGUGGAGGGAAGAAAGUGGAGGAGAUAAAGGGGAAGGUGGGUGGUGCUGUGGUGGAGUUGAAAGGUGUGGUGGAGGAGGCAUGGAGCAAGAUGGCAGAUGGUGGGGGGGAGGGUGAUGCUAGGGGGAAGAGUGGGAGUGCGAGUUAA